AUGUCGAACCGGCAACUUGCCCGCGACAUGCAAGUCGAAUUCCAAGCUCGUUUCCAAGCGAAGCAAGCCCGCCGUGAAGCCCAGAAAGCCGCCAAACAAGAUCCACUCUUGAAGAAGCAAAUCCAAGAUCUACUAAAGAAAGGCGACACCGCGAAGGCCUACCAGAAGGCCAAGAUGCUGCUCUCGAAGCAGGCACUCGCACAACAGAUGGAUCAGAUGGCCGACAUGGCCGAGUUGAGCGUUGCCCAGAUCCAGGCCAACAACAGCAUGAACCGAAUGACACACAUGAUGGGACAGUCUUCACGGACUAUGAAUGCCGCCCAGAGGAAUAUGAACCCCGAGCGGACCCUCUUAACUCUUGAGCAAUUCAAGCAGCAGAACGAAGAAUACGCCGUCAACAAUGGCAUAUACCAAGACGCCAUCUCCCAAACGACAUCGCAGCAGGUAUCAGAAGACGCCGUUCACGAACUGCUAGGCAAGCUUGCCGACGAUGCCGGCGUCCAACUCAAUACCGAGCUCAACUCGGCUCAGCCCUCCAAGGUUGACCCUACACCUGCCCAGACUAACGAGCCCACCGCUGAAGAAGAGGACGCCUUGCAGCAGCGGCUUAGAGCUCUCAGGGCUUAG